AUGCCGUCGUUUCCGCAGUUUAAUCCCGCGCGCAUACGCUCCUAUAUCUUUCGCUUACCCCUCUGCACGCGACUGUUGGCGACUGCUAUUGUUGGGCUAUGGAUAGCGACGAUUCCGUUUCCGUGGGUGCGCGAGUUUGGGCGGCUCGAGCCGGCUAAGAUGGAUCUUACGCAGAGUAUGUGGAUUUUUUUGCUGUCAAAGUUUGGGGAGGAUUUUAGAAAGACGAGGGAAGGGGGAGUGGUGGAGGUGUUCAAAAUCCUGAAGAAUGACCUGCGGCUUCUUGGGCCUCCUUUGAGAGAAUGGGCGUGGUAUUUGGGUCUUUGGGAAGGACUGCAUGCUACGAGAUUUAUUUCAGAAGCUGACUUUACUAUUUGCGCAGUGCACCGGCUCAAUCUGUUCCCAUUGAUGCACCUCAACUUCUUCCACAUGAUCUUCAACCUCUUCGCCGUAACACCCCUCAUUGAGCGUUUUGAAGCAGAAUUUGGGACGUUGGUCACACUGGCGCUUUUCACCGGACCAUUCGGGACAAUACCAGGCGGCAUAUACGUGCUGCUGGAGAAGUUCGUUCUGAGGAGCAACACCAUAGUCAUGGGGUCAAGCAUAUGGGUGUUCCUCCUCCUCUCCGCAGAGGUCAUGAAGACACACAAGACAAACCCAACCUUUAACAUCGGCCCCUACAAGAUCCCUACAUGGUCCACCCCCCUCAUCCUCAUCCUAGCCACCAGCCUCAUCGUCCCAAACGUCAGUCUCAUCGGCCACCUCUGCGGCGCAGGCAUCGGCUACCUCUGGGCGUCAGGCUACAUCAAGUUCCUCGUCCCGCACGAGAAGAUCCUGCGCUGGGUGGAGACGAAGCUCAACCUCCUCGGCAGACUACCGCACUACGUCAGCGUCGAUCAGAAGACAUAUGGUCGCUACGGCGUGCUGCCAACGGCGAGCGUCGGCGUCCCCAUGACGGGGAUCCCAAGGACGCCGGAGCCUGGGCAGAGACUGGGGCCGUAG